GACGUUGCCGCGGAAAGCACUUCAAGGAUCGUCAAGAGCGUCUCAGAUUCUUCAGGGGCCCAGGCCAGAGUGCAAACAUGAGCAACCUCCAGCUGGACAUGUUGGAGGCAGUGAAACCAGACUACAGCAAUGUGGAGGAACUUGCUCUGAAGUUUGGGUGGAAGGAACAUUUUGAGAAGAUUGCCAAGAGCCUUGCAUCCAGUUUGGUCUAUUUGGCAAGCCUGCCAAAAGAUCAUUGGCAGCAUGAGCAGUUGUGCAAGUUAGAGGCUGAACUUGGGGAAGGUGCAAAUAGAGGCCCUGCUGAGCAACCUGCAGUUGCCACAACUGCAGUGGGGCAGACAGCUCCAACUUCAUUGCCAGUUGUCACCACCACUUCCUCUUGCAUGGGGGCGCUGACUAUGCCCAAUGGGAAGCAUGAUGGAGCCAUCCCAGGCACCAGAACCAUGACAGAAAGUGAGAAGGAACAAAUAGAGAUAGCUGAGUUGGAAGCAAAACAGAUCAAUGGGGAAGAGCUGCAGAACCAUGAGUUGUGGCUACUUGCAACCAGGGAAGAAGACAGGAGGCAGAGGCAAGAGCAAGGCAAGGCAGACAUCAGUGAACUGGCAAAACUUUUGGAGGAAGAUGAGCGCCUUGUCUAUGACAGCAGAAGGGCAGAAAAAAUUGCCACACUCAGAAACAGAAUCAAAGCCAGAGUCCAAGAGGAGAAGUGCAACCAACCAGGGCUAACAGAGAUUGAAUACCAAGACCUCAAACACCAACUCCAGAACUUGGGUGGCAGCAUCAGCCAGCAAGAAUUGCAGAAGAGAACACUGCAGGAAGAACAAGUGCAAAAGGCAAGAGACAAGGUGAUGGAAGCCAUUAUCCAACAGGAAAAGCAGAAAGUGAAUGACACAGCAACUUAUGCCCAGAAGAUGGCACAUUGGUCUGCUCAAGAGGCCAAGAGACAGGCAGCAGAGCAAAAAAUGAGUGAAGAGGCAAAGAAACAGCAGGAGCAGAAACAGCAGCUGGACUUGUACAGGGCAAAGCUUGCUGAAGAAGAGAAGAAGAAAACUGAGGAGUGGAAGAAAAGGCUGCAGCAAGAGUUCAAGGAAAGGAUGGAGGCAGAAAAGGCCAGAAUUGAAGCUGAGGAGAGAAAGAGAAUAGAAGCUGCAAUUCUUGCAGAAGAAGAAGCUGCCUUGGAAGAACAGAAAGCAGCAGCAGCUGAAGAGCUGGCAAGAGACCAACACUUGGAAGAACAGAACAGAAUGUGGGAUGAGGAGGAGAUAAGAGAUAUGAUCAGGGCAAAGCUUGCAGAAGAAGCCAAGCAAAAGAAGGAGCAGGCAAGAGAAGCUGAGAAGAUGAGAGCCAAGAGUGAGGAAGAGCAGAGACAGGAGGCAGAAAAGCAGGCAAGAGAGGAAGAAGAGAAGAUGAGAGCCAAGAUUCAGGAAGAGGAGAGGCAGAAGCUUCAGCAGGAGGCAGAGAAGCAGGCAAGAGAAGAAGCUGAGGAGAAGAUGAGAGCCAAGAUUGAGGAAGAGGAGAGGCAGAAGCUUCAGCAGGAGGCAGAGAAGCAGGCAAGAGAAGAAACUGAGGAGAAGAUGGGAGCCAAGAUUGAGGAAGAGGAGAGGCAGAAGCUUCAGCAGGAGGCAGAGAAGAUGGCAAGAGAAGAAACUGAGGAGAAGAUGAGAGGAAAGAUUGAGGAAGAGCAGAGGCAGAGGCUUCAGCAGGAGGCAGAGAAGCAGCAGGCAAGAGAAAAACUUGAGAAGAUGAAAGCAAGGAUUGAGGAAGAGGAGAGGCAGAAGCUUCAGCAGGAGGCAGAGAAGCAGGCAAGAGAAGAAGCUGAGAAGAUGAGAGCCAAGAUUGAGGAAGAGGAGAGGCAGAAGCUUCAGCAGGAGGCAGAGAAGCAGGCAAGAGAAGAAGCUGAGGAGAAGAUGAGAGCCAAGAUUGAGGAAGAGGAGAGGCAGAAGCUUCAGCAGGAGGCAGAGAAGCAGGCAAGAGAAGAAGCUGAGGAGAAGAUGAGAGCAAAGAUUGAGGAAGAGGAGAGGCAGAAGCUUCAGCAGGAGGCAGAGAAGCAAGCAAGAGAAGAAGCUGAGGAGAAGAUGAGGGCCAAGAUUGAGGAAGAGGAGAGGCAGAAGCUUCAGAAGGAGGCAGAAAAGCAGGCAAGAGAGGAAGAAGAGAAGAUGAGAGCCAAGAUUGAGGAAGAGGAGAGGCAGAAGCUUCAGCAGGAGGCAGAAAAGCAGGCAAGAGAGGAAGAAGAGAAGAUGAGAGCCAAGAGUGAGGAAGAGGAGAGGCAGAAGCUUCAGCAGGAAGCUGAACAGAAGGCAUCUGAGAGGGAACUGAAGAAAAUUGCUUUGGAAGAGGAAGCACUGCAGAAGGACAUUGCUGGAGCCCAUGUUGCAGAACUAUUUGCAAGCCACCAAGCCAAAGGCACCAAGAGGAUGGCUACAGAAUCUGCUGAGGAACAGCCUGGAUCUGCAAACAUUGGUGGGAAGGAGCCAGGUCGUAGUCAGGGCAAAGGUUUGGCCAUCACCAUGAAUGACCAUUGCACUGUCUUCACUAUGGUGAGAAACCUCGACCUGGCUGAACCAGUGCCUUGGGGUGGUGGCCUGAUUGGGUGGCCUGAUUGGGUGGCCAACACCUGGACCACAGCAUGUGACACUGGAUUUCUUCAUGCUCCCAAUGUGGUGGCUAUGGACACUGGCAGACCUGAUGGGUGGGAUAUUCUUUACUAUGAGAGUGGAUGGGGAGAUUGGGUGCCAGUGAAUGACAGAGUCUAUGCAACCACCUAUGACUACCAGCCUGGGUCAAAUUUGUGCACCAUUUCCUACCACUAUCAGUCAGGGUGGACUGACAACAUGGUGAGGAACAUGGAUAGCCUGGGCCCUUUGGUGCGAGAGCACUGGACUUGGGGUAAUCAGCCAACACUGGAGGAGAAAGAGGACACUUUGUUUCACUUUGACUACCCAGUGGCCAGGUGCAAAGGCCCUGACUGGCCUCAUCAUGUUGCUUUUGAGUUUCACCAGAAGGAGAAAAAUGCAGAGCACUUGCAAGGGCAAAGCUCUACAAAUGAUCAAGAGCUAGUGUCCAUGUGCUGGGAGAAGCAUGGUGGCUUUUUAGCUAGCCAGGGGUCCACAAGCUUAUCCUACUGGUUCAAGGGCAAGCUUCAGAGUGUGGCAUUGACUUGGGGCAGGGAAGGCUUCACCCAAAACAUUUUGCAGGUUGCUGUUGAGCUUCCCUCCUUUAGAGGUGUGUGGAACACCAUGGCUUCAAACCCUUGGCAUGGCUACAGGAUCACAUCUUCCUUAGAUAGAGCUUCAUUUGCAGACAUUCUGGUCUUGGUGGCUUGGAUGUGGGCUAAUCAGUCCCAUCAAUGCUGGCUUCAUGUUGGCCAACAGUGGCUUCCAGAACUGCUUGUCUUUUUGGGCUUUGCUAUGGACACCAUGGCACAAGACCUCUCCCAGGAAGGCUUGGGCCCUAUUCCUGUGGUGCUUCACAAGGGUGUGAAGCAGAAAAACAUGGAUGCAGUGAACAGGUUGCUGUUGCUCUUCAGAAUGAGGCACAAGAGGAGGCACAGGCAGGACAUUGCUUCUACACACGCAGACAUUGCCCCAGCUGGCCUGAAGAUGAUCCACCAUGAACCCUUCUAUGACAGCAUGCUGUACACCAAGGUGGUGGAAUCUGCAUUCAGUGGCAUUUCACAGUUGCAAAUCAGUUUCUUGCCCACUUGGAUGUCUAAAGUUUCAAAUGCUUUUGUGCAUGUUGCCCUGCUUGUUUUCCUUUUGUUCCAGCUUUGUUUGUUGUCAGAGGCUGUUGCCAUUUUGUCCUUGGAACUGCCUCAGGACUAUGGGGGUGCCAACACUUUUGUUGGUUGCAUCUUCAGUCACCAAAAUGGCAUGGCAGCUUAUGUCCCUGUCCAAGACCUCAAGCGACCCACUGUUGGCCAAUUGGAUCCAGAGCUGCAGGCUUUGGGCUUGGAGGGCAAAUUGACCAGGGUAGAAGGAUGGGCAGAAGCCAGGGCACUUAGCCAUGCUUUGAGUGGCUUGGGCUUGGCAUUUAAUGAUUUGAAAGUGCCUGACCAUGUGAUAGCCAGACCUUUGACUGCUGAAGAAGUUCGACACACUCAUAAUGGCAUUUCCUUCAUCUACAAUGAGGUGUCCAGAACCUUGAUUCCAGAGACACCUGUGGGUUUUCAGUGGAGCAAAAUGAAAGCCAUUAUCUCAGUCUCAGAUCAAGGUGCGACCAACAGAGCUGCUCUUCAUUUCUUGGCUUAUGGGCCCCAGGAGACCAGGUUGAUGCUGGGUUUGCAAUGGGACCCAUUUCAUCGUUGCUGGAAUGAUCUGAAAGCUGCAAUGAGGAAAGCCAGCUUGUGGAAGAUGGUUCUCUCUUUGUCCAUCAGCUACAACUUGCCAUAUGGCCCAUUCAACUCAGGCCAAUGGUUCCACAGAAAGGCACAGGCAGCCAAGGAAUUUUUUGAAAGCAAUGGGCCCCACAGUUCCACUUUUGCCAGCUACAUUCCCUACAUAUGCUGGGAACUGAAUAUCCCUGAGCCAACUUUCCCUGAAGAUGUGGAGGAAUUGUGGCACAAGGUGCAGGAUUCAGAGCACUGGAGGAAGAAGGGCCCACUUGUGAAGCUCAUGAGAUGGCUGAGUUUCUUCCAGCCAAGCAAUUUCUACAAAGGAGACCACAUGGCUUUGAAAAUGGUUUUGACACAUGGGGGCCUGCAUGGCAUGACCCAUGAUGAAGAUGAAGAAGACACUGCAUUGCCCACAAGACAGACACAAGAUGACAAAACUGCCAGGGCAGAGCUGCAAGAAUUGAAAAAAUCCAAAGGCACCUGGAAGGUUGCAGGCAAAGUGCUGCAUGCCAGGCACAUCAUGCAGAAAGACAUUUUAUGUGUGGUCAGCAGGGCAGCUUGCACUCACCACAGUGAGGAAGCCAGAGAGUUACUCACAGCUGAACAGGUUUUCCAGCACACCUUGAAGUCUGUCACCAACCAAGGUUGGGCCCAGGAAUUAGUAGAUUGUGCCAGGGACACCUUCUUUGAUGCCAGCAGCUUGCAAUUCCUGUUCAGAAGCAGUGACCUGGUGGAGAGCCUCAAUGUCAAGGAAUGGCUGCUGAAAUACUUCACACACUUGACCUCCAACAGAGGCCAGAGUUUGACAACUCAGUACUUGACACCCCCUGUGAAGUAUGCAGCUAUUGCAGGCUAUGACCCAGCUGAAGCUCAAAGAUCCUAUGACAAAUGCAUGGCAGACUGGGCCACUCUGUUGGAUGCAGUUUUUAUGGCACUGGAGCAAGAUGGUGGGCUUGCUGAGGGCUAUGAUGAAGGGAGAAAGCUGCUUCUCCUCCACUGCUUGCAUUUAGGAGACAGCAGAGUUGUUGAAUGCACUCACCAAACUGCCAAAGACAGCCUGCGAGACACCAAGCAUUUUCAAAGAGCUGUGACAAGCAGAAUGGCAGCUGUGCUCCACUCACCAGCAUUGAAGCAAAGAAAGCUCAAUGCUGUGCAGCUGCCUGUGGUGGACAAGGUUCAAUCUGGACAGUGGUCAUCCAAUGACACCAAGGGUGGCUUUGUGCACAGAGCCAGACCUGAAAAACACAAAUUGGACAAAGCUUUUCAAAGAAUGAUGCUUCCCAACAGAGGGAGAGGUGCAUGGCCUUCCCCUACACCAGCUUCCAUGUUUCAGGGCAUUGCAUCCACAGAGUUUGUGCUCAACCACCUGAGGCUUGCAGAGCAAGAAGGCAAACAUUUGCCUGACAGUUGGCUGUCCAUCAUUUGUGGGGCACCUGGAUCCAUCAUUGCCAAUCGCCAUUUUGGUGAGCUAGUCUGGGUUGUGGCUGCUGCUGAGCAGUGCUUUUUGGCAUGGAGACUGAAAGUGGAGGUGGCAAACAAUGGCUCCAGGUACUUUGUUUUUGACCUGAGACCUGCAGCUUUGCAUUGGCAAACAAUUUGGAGCUUGGAUGACUGGCUCCACAUCCCUUGUGAGUUGUCCAUGGUGACUGAGCAAGGCCCUUUAGCUUUUUUCCAGUCUGAUGACCCAUGCACUUUGCCAGAGGCAUUGUGUUUGAAUGGCAUGUAUCUCACCAGCCCACACAUCAGGAAGUUGAUCAAGCACUUGGGUGGCUCAGUGAAAGGGAGCUCUUUGUUAGCUCUGUCCAGCCAGCUGUUUGGGUUGUGCUUUGGAGGGGAUGAUGCCAAAACAAAACAAGCACAGGAAGCAUUUGAGGAACAACAAAAAAGUUUGGACCAAAAGAUUGAAGAGGACCUGGACAGUGACUUUGAGGAAAUUUUAGACAUCCACAAGGAGGAGGCUUACAACACAAGUGAUUUGAAAGAUAUUGAGAAAGUGAGAAAAGAAAAAGCAAAAAGACACAGAGCUUUGUCAAAGGCCAAACAGUUCUCUAGCAAAGCCAUUCCCAAGCCCAAAGCAAAAAGAAAGGCCAAGGCCAAGGCCAAGGCCAAACAGAAAGGCUUGAGUUUUGCUGAGAGAUGCAGGGCAGCUUUGGCAGCUUCUUUGGGAACGCAGCAACCUGGACCUGAGCAGGAACCUGAGCAGGAUCUUGAGCAGCAACCUAAGCAACCUCAGCAGACAGGAGAAGAUGCUCCCAUGGAAGAUGCUGCUGUCACUUUGCCUUCCCCAGCUGAAGCACCAUCAGCUUCUUCAAUGGGGCUCAGAGAUGGUCACAGAGGGCCCAAUGUAGAUGUCACUGUGGAAGCAGAGACUUGGAAGCCACCAGCACAGUGCAGCAUUGGGAUGCAGAAAGUCAAUGGUGUCAUGGCAUGGCAAGCAAAACUGCCACCCAAAGUCAAGCAUCCUGUGGCACACUCAAGGAUGAAGGAACAAAACACCCUGUACUGCCAAUUUGAUCCCAAUACAUUGAAUGAAGCCUUGGAGCCUUCCACAAUCACAUCACUUAAUGAGAUGGACUUAGAUGUUAUGCUCUACUACAGGGUCAUGGUGAGUGCAGGGACUAAGAAGGCCCUCACUUCAGCUGAAGCUCGUUGCAUGUGCAGCAGAUGGCUGCAGUCUUG